GAUAUAGAAAAGUAUAAAAAUAUAUAAGAAAUAUAUGAUUAUUAGAUGUGUAAACAUAUAUUGAACGCACAAGUCUCUAUUCGAGCAGUAUGUUGUAGGAAAUGGUUUGAUUGUUCAGAAUGUCAUUUUGAAGUGUCGGAUCAUGUUUUAUUGAGAUCAGACGAAAUGACAUUUAUAUGUAAAAAGUGUAAAAAGGCGUUUAGGAAGAAUAUUAUGAAUUUUGAAGAUGAAUCUGAUGAAUAUUGUCCCCAUUGUGAUAAUCAUUUUUUAAUUGAUGCAAUUACACCAAAACUGGCAUUAACUAUAGAAACAGAAGAUAUUCGUAAGGAUAAUAGAGUGAUUAAAGAUUAUCGUCAACAUCAUAUAUCUAAAUAGAUGUAUUUUUUUCUAAUAAAAAUAUUUAUUAAAUUAUGUUAAAUU